AUGGGCACACAGAUCACGCAGUUAGCCACUCAGGUGAACAAGCUGCAGGAUUAUCAAGGCCGACUUCCUUCUGUCACGGAGAUGAACCCUAAGGAAAAUGCAAGUGCAGUAACUGCAAGAAGUGGGAGAAUUCUAGUUGAGCCACAACCUAAGCAGCAGGAUAAAGAAAAAAAGCCCGAUGAAGCUAAGGAUGAUGCAAUUAGUGAGGAGUCACCAGAAUCCACCGAGCCUAGUUCUUCUAAGGUAAGUGGAAAACCUAAGGUUUCAAUUCCUCAAUCACUGAUUGCACCACCUUUUUCUUCUAGGCUGGCUCAGAACAAGAGAAUUAAAGAAGAGAAGGAUAUUCUGGAAAUUUUCAAGAAGGUAGAAAUAAACUUGCCCUUGCUUGAUGAAAUUAAGCAAGUUCCCAGGUACGCAAAGUUUUUGAAAGAGUUAUGCUCUAAGAAAAUGAAGUUUGGGAAUGAUGCAAGAAUUCGAGUGAGUAAUAAGACUGUUGAGAGAGCCAUGUUAGAUUUAGGAGCGUCCAUAAAUGUCAUGCCUUAUUCUGUGUAUAAGGAUUUGCAGUUAGGACCAUUGAAAGACACUCGUGUUAUCAUUCAGCUAGCUAAUAGGUCUACUGCAUAUCCCAAAGGUGUUGUUGAGGAUGUCCUUGUCAAGGUCAAUGAUUUGGUUUUUCCUGUGGAUUUUUAUAUUGUUGAUAUGGAUGAUUCUGCCUCUGCUAAGCAAUCUUUGAUUCUUUUAGGGAGACCAUUCAUGAAAACUGCUAAGACAAAAAUUGAUGUGGAUAGUGGAAUGCUUAGCCUUGAAUUUGAUGGAGAUGUUGUCACAUUUAAUAUUUUUUAG